AUGGCGGAGCUGCGCCAGACGGAGUCCACGCUGACCGCGCUGGACGAGGACGCGCUGUGGGAGCUGCUGGAGAGCCACCGCCACAAGAUUGUGCGUAGCAUCUGCCCCAGCCGCCUCACCCCCUACCUGCACCAGGCCAAGGUGCUGGACCAGCUGGACGAGGAGGAGGUGCUCCACGGCCCCAGGUUCACCAACACCGUCAUGAGAGUCGGGCACUUGCUGGAUUUGCUGAAGACGCAAGGGAAGAACGGAGCCAUUGCCUUCCUGGAGAGCCUGAAGUUCCACAACCCGGACAUCUACACCCUGGUCACUGGGCUGCAGCCCAAGGUGGACUUCAGCAACUUCAGUGGGCUCAUGGAGACGUCCAAGCUGACUGAGUGCCUGGCCGGGGCCAUCAGCAGCCUGCAGGAGGAGCUGAGCCAGGAGAAGGGGCAGAAGGAGGCCCUGCUGCGGCGUUGCCAGCAGCUCCAGGAGCACCUGGGCCAGGCCGAGGCCCGCGUCCAGAGCCUGGGCCAGAUGGAGGCCGACCACGAUCGCAUGAAGCGCGAGGUCAGCGCCCACUUCCACUCCCUGCUGAGGUGUGUCCCUGCCUCCCUCAUGCCAUCUUUGGGCGCCCCUUCUUCCACACUCUACCUGACCAAGCAGGAGCUGCAGCGCGAGAAGAUGUCUUCCUGCCACGUGCGAGAAUUGCGGGAGCGGUCCCCGCAGAUGGCCGGGGACCUGGAGCCCGGGGACAAGGCGCUGAGCCGCCUGAAGGAGGAGAAUGAGAAUCUCCGGUCGCUGACGUUCAGCCUGGCGGAGAAGGACAUCCUGGAGCAGAACCUGGACGAGGCCUGGAGGCUGGUGGACCGCAUCCACUCUCUGAGGGAGCAGGCCAUGGUCGCUGAGAGGCAGCACAAGCAGUAAUGGGAAGAGAAGGAGCAGACCCUGCUCCAGUUCCAGAGGACGAAGGUGGACUGUGACAUCUACAAGGAGAAGGUGAACGCCCUGCAGGGCCAGCUCCAGCAGCUGCAGAAGGAGCGAGACCAGGCCUACUCCGCCCGGGACGCAGCCCAGAUGGAGAUUGCUCAGAACCUGGCGGAGAAGGACUCCUUCCGCAGGGAAGUGUUCGAGCUGACAGAGCAGGUCUGUCAACUGCGCCAGCAGCUCCGCAGGCCGGCCGAGUCCCCACAGAGGCCUGAGCCGGAAGCCAGAGCCAGGGAGCCGGGUCUGAGGGGGCAGCCACUCGUGCGCAUGUUUGCCACCUGCCCGCGGGGUGACAGUGACGAAAGCAGCCCCAGCUCCACUGAGUCUCAGCUCUGCUCUGACCUCAACGCCACAUGCGACCGUGAGCUGGUGGACAGCUUCCGCUCCAGCAGCCGCCUGCCUCCCAGUCCACAGUCCCUGUACAAGCGGGUGGCAGAGGACUUCCGGGAAGACCCCUGGUCUCUUAGUGGUUUCCUAGAUAUCCGGCAGGUGGACCGAGGACUCUCCCGGGGGGUGAAGGCAGUGGAUGCCGACCUGGAUUAUGAGAUUGUAGACAGAGCAGACCUUCCUGAGUGUGAGAGCAGCGCUCAGCCCUGCGCAGGGGGUCUCACCACCUCAUCCAGCAGCGUCCCAGUGCGGAGGAGGCCGGCACGCAAGAUCCUGAGCCAGGUCACCGUGCUGGCCUUCCAGGGGGACGCGUUGCUGGAGCAGAUAAGCAUCAUUGGUGGCAACCACACGGGCAUCUUCAUUCACCGGGUCACCCCUGGAUCGCCGGCGGACGAGAUGGCCUUGCGCCCGGGCACCCAGAUCAUGAUGGUGGAUUACGAAGCAACAGAGCCCUCGUUCAAGGCCACCAUGGAGGACACGACCCUGGAGCAGGCUGUCGGGCUCCUGCAGAGGGUGAACGGCUUCUGCUGCCUGUCUGUGAAGGUCAACAUGGAGGGUUAUAGGAGGUUGGUCCAGGACCUGGAGGCCAACGUGGUGACCUCAGGGGACUCCUUCUACAUCCGGGUGAACCUGGCCAUGGAGGCGCGGGCGGAGGGGGAGCUGCAGGUGCGAUGCAGUGAUGUCCUGCACGUCAGCGACACCCUGUUCCGGGGCCGCGGCUGCUGGCGCGCCCACCGCGUGGGCCCCUACAGCACGAAGGGCGUGGAGCACGGCACCAUCCCCAACUACGCCCGGGCUCAGCAGCUGCUCAUCGCUCUCAUCCAGGACAUGGCUCAGCAAAGCACCACCGGCCGCAAGCAGUCUUCCGGGGGACCCCAGAAGCUGGUCCGCAUCGUCAGUGUGGACAGAACCAAGGCCAGCCCUCUGCGCUCAUCCUUCGAUGGGGCCCUGUGGGAGCCCAGCAAGCUGGAAGGUGAGCCCAAGCCCUCCACUGCGUGCUUCUGGGCCGAGAGCUGCUUCACCCUGGUGCCCUACACCCUGGUGCACCCCCACAGGCCCAGCCAGCCCCGGCCAGUGAUCUUGGUGCCCAGGGUUGUCGGGAAGAUCCUCAGCGAGAAGCUGUGCCUCCUCCAAGGGUUUAAGAAAUGCCCAGCAGAGUACUUGAGCCAGGAGGAAUACGAUGCCUCCAGCCAGAGAGGGGACAUCAUCCAGGAGAGGGAGGCAUCCGGGGGCCACUACUGCGUUACCCGCCGGGCUGUCGAGUCCCUCAUGGAAAAGAACACCCAUGCCCUCUUGGACGUCCGGCUAGACAGCAUCUGUGCCCUGCACAGGAUCGAGAUCUUCCCCAUCAUCAUCCACAUCCCCAUCAACGAGAGAGCAGCAAAGAAACUCAAGAAGGCCCUGCAGCGGCUCGGCACGUCGGAGGAGCAGCUCCUGGAGGCGGGCAGGCAGGAGGAGGCCGCGCUGGACAGAGCGCCCUGUCUGUACGGCAGCCUGGCCCCCGACGGCUGGAGUGACCUGGAGACGCUGCUCGGCUGCGUCCGCUUCGCCAUCGGGGACGAGCAGAAGGUUGUGUGGACGGAGCAGAACCCCCGCUGA